AUGGGUGUGGCCGCCGCCGUGAGCAACCCCAGCGGGAUCCCGAGCGGGCGCCCUCCCCGCCUGAACUGCCUCCCAUCUACUGCCAGCGGCAAUCGGCACGCGCCGCGCGGGAUAGGCAUUGGGCGACGUAUCUCGGCACCGGUCUCGGCGAUCUGGCGGCGCACCGUAACGCUAUGUCGGUCACCCCAUGCGGGUCUCGGCGGAGGACGACGACGACUCCGCUCAGACCCAUCGAUAGCUGCGGGGGUGCGGCGGAGACGACCUAUCGCAAAAGAGAGUGGGGACGAGUCCGGAGGGGAACUAGAUGGAAGAACCCCCGAGAUACCGGGAACCGUUUUCGGCGCUGUCUCAUUGAUAAUUGGCACGAGCAUCGGCUCUGGAAUGCUGGCGCUCCCGCAGAAGACCUCCCACACGGUUUAUAUUCUCUUCCCCUCCAUCUCUCCCUCCCUCUCUGUGACAAUGAUGCAAACCUGCUUGCUGCUAGCUGCUGAUCGCCGAUGUUUGUCCCCUCUCUCUCUGUCUGGAUACUAUGUGAUGAGAGCUGUAGAUUUCUUGUUGCAAUCAAUCUAUUGAUUGCUCUUUUGGUCAUUGUGCGCCGGUGCAGGGUUUCGUGCCCAGUGCAGUUUUCAUGGCGGCAUGCUGGGCUUUCCUCAUGCUUGAAGCCCUCCUCCUCGCUGAGGUGAACGUCUCCUUGAUGAGGGAGCAGCGGAAGAACGAGGGUGAACGUGGGGAGGUCGGCGGGUCGCUGGAGGUGAUAUCGUUCAGAACCAUGGCGGAGGAGACGCUUGGUGGGUGGGUUGCCCACGCAGCCACGGUCGCCUACGUCUUCUUGGCGUACACGUCCACGACGGCGUACGCAGCCAAGGCCGGGGAGCUGCUCUCGCGUCUGGUCGGCCUCCCGACGUCCGUCUCGGGCACGCUCUUCACGCUCCUCCACGCCGCCCUCAUCGUGAUCGGCGGCGCCUCCACCACCGAUCGGGUGAACCAGUGGCUGACGACGUCCAUGCUAGGUCCCUCCCUCGCUUCCCCCCCACCGGUCGGAGGAGGAAUCGCUCCCGUCUGAAAGAAAGAAUGAAUGAAUCUUCCUUGUAAAUGGGUGAAUUGCGUGUUCACAGGCCUGCUGGUGGGGCUCGAGCUCGCGGCAUUCGGACGGUCGUGGUCUGGCCUGGCAGACGUCGCCAACUGGGGACAGGUCCCGUCAACAAUACCGGUGAUCAUCUUUUCGCUGGUUUACCACGACAUAGCCCCCGGUAACAGUCGAUCGGCCGCGCCUUCCCCGCCAUGGUUGUGUUGGUUUGUUCCUCCACGGAACGGACCAAACAACUAUGUCGACUACCGUCUCUGACCUCGCCGCCCCUCCUCGUCCCCACAGUGAUCUGCUCGUAUCUGGGCGGCGACCUUCCCCGCAUCAGGUCGUCCUUUCUGAUCGGAAGCGUCGUACCACUUCUCUCUCUGCUCAUCUGGGACGCCAUCGUCCUGGGCUUCUCCGCAGAUUCCGGCGUCACCGAUCCGUUCGACUUGUUCAUGAGGUACUGUCACCAAUCCAACUGCGCGCACCGCCGGCCGCUGUUGGCCUUCCUUUGUCUCACGGAGUGAAAAAACCACCCCCACUUCGGCUGGCUCGACAGCGGGACGAGUGACGCGAUGGCACUGAUGGUGGAAGUGUUCUCGCUGCUGGCGGUCGCGACAUCGCUGAUCGGCACUCUCCUCGGCUUCUCUCAGUUCUUCCAGGAGCAACUCCGCAACUCUCUCAGUCCUCCGCUCGCUCAGGAGCAGAGGAGCACCACAGAUCACAUUUCUUCUCGGGUGGAGGCGGCGGAGUUUGACUCUGCCACUUCCCCUCGGGCCGUCGUUCAGGAAGACGCCGCCGGAGGGUGCUCACCGAGGAGCCGGCGAGGCCUGGAAGACUGGUGGGCUGGCAACAACCUCAACCUCAGGGCGAUGUCCAUGGCGGUCAUUCCUGCUCUGCUCGUCUCCACCACCGUCCCCGACGUCUUCUACCUGGCUACGGACAUUGCGGUAAGAGGCACGCACGACCAUCAUCUCCACCGGUAUUCGGCUUUGAUCAGUAGGUGAAUUGUUCUCGGUUCUUUCUUGCUUGCUUACCUGCUGCAGGGGGGCUACUGCAUGACGGUGCUGUAUGGGAUUCUUCCGCCCGCCAUGGCCUGGGGCAUGCACGCCAGAAGGGCCAGCGGCAGAAGCGGGGGCGGAGGCCGCGAUGGAGCUCACCGUGGACCGAAGGGGCUGUCUGAAUCGAAGCCCGCAUUGAUCGGGGUGGGGCUGUGCGCCUUCGGGAUAGUCAUCGAGCAGAUGCUUCAGGAUCUUUCUGCAUUACAUCUGUAG